AUGGCCUCCACCUUGCAGAGCUUGGGGCGAACUGUUCGAGAAUACUUCUUGCAAGAUCCUUCUCAUGCCACCAUCUUCGUACCUAUUCUUCUGGGAGAGGCGCUAGAGGAUUAUAACUUCCGCACCCUUCUAAGUAUCUCUACAUCCAACAGCACACAAGAGUUGGAACGUAUCAAGAGGACACUCGAACAGAACUUUCCCUCUCUGACUGUCUCUUCCAACGACAAAGCUUGUGGAUAUUGCAAGCCUUGUAUGGAGGAUCGAUCUUACAUUGAGCUGCACGGUCGUAUCGUCGGAGCUCUUACUGCAACGCAGGAUGUUGACACCCUCGUCAACCUUCGCUUCAUCCUAGUUGUUAUUAUCAUUCACUCUCUGGGUCAUGCUUUUGCUGCUGGCAAUCCUAGGCCGAUGAAGAAAGAGGGUUUUCCGUUCUACAAUUCCCAUUACUUGCUGCUUAGCAAAGACAUCGCUGAGCCUGGUUUCUUUGCCGAGGAAGGAAUCUUCGGGUAUCAUCGGCAUCGUGUUCAAGAAUGA